AUGUCUACAAACCGAGCAGAACCGACGCCGAUGGUGUCUCUCCAGAAGGAGCUGAAGAAGAUGAAGGGUGCCACUUUGGCAGCAGCCGUAUCGGACGCAGACCGCAUAAUCGCUCUCCUCGAAACCGCGAGGGAACAGGUAGCAAAUGCCAAGGAUCCUCAUACCGCGAGCAUAACCAUGACGAAACUGCAAAAUCCAAUCAAAGAUAGAUUCGAAGCACUGAACAAGGACCUGAGGGAAAUAUCAAAACAGCAGAAGAACUUUGGCAAGGCCCUAGACAAAUUAUUACCACAUAGGCCCCUUCCCUCAGAAUCCAACGCAAUAGCAGGAUGCGAAUCACACAUUGCAAAGACCAUAAUCAUGCACCUCUUCCGUGAGGGCCGCUUUGACGUCGCUACAUCCUUCCUCGCCGAGGCCCGCGAGCACGGUGUCAUCGGCGCCGCAGAUGACAUGCAAAACAUAUUCGAACCUCUCGAAGUCCACUUCACCGAUCUCUACCGAAUCCUUGGCGACCUUCGGAAUCGUAACCUCCUCCCUGCCAUGGAAUGGGCCGAGCGAAAUGCAGAUGGACUAGAGGCGAAUUCGUCUAACCUGGAAUUCGAGCUGAACCGCCUGCAGUUCAUAUGGUUGCUGAAGGGCCCUGCCGUCAACGGCCUCCCAGACGACGAGCGCAACGGCCUCCUUGGAGCCCUCCAAUAUGCACGACAGCACUUCUGGAAGUUCCAGACCCGCCACGGCAAACAGAUCCGCGAACUCAUGACGGCCAUCGUCUUCUCGAACAACAUCCAAGACUCGCCUUACCGCUCCCUCUUCGAGAUCCACUCCGCCUUCGAAGAAGUCGCCCACUCCUUUGCCCGCGAGUUCUGCUCCCUCCUCCACCUCUCCGCUGAGUCCCCCCUCUAUGUCGCCGUCACAGCCGGAGCGAUAUCCCUCCCGCAACUGCUCAAGUACAACCAGGCCAUGAAGGCCAAGAAGACCGAGUGGACGUCGUACGACGAGCAACCCUUCGAGACGCCGCUGCCGAGUAGGAUGGUCUACCAUCCCAUCUUUGUAUGUCCCGUGCUAAAGGAGCAGACGACGGCGCAGAACCCGCCGAUGAUGUUGCCCUGCGGUCACGUCGUCUGUAAGGAGGCGUUGAAGAAGAUGCUCAAGGCGAGCCGCUUCAAGUGUCCCUAUUGUCCGAGCGAGGGUGUCUACAAGGAUGCGAGGGAAAUCAAGCUAUAA